CCGUAUUUUCAUGCUUUACUUCGCAGUCCGAGCUAGUGUCGGAAAAGGGGCCAACCACCAUAAACACACACAAAUCGACCACAUCUCCCUUUCUCCCACUUCCCCUUUUUCAUCAUCAGCAACACUUUUAUUAGUUAUCGUCCCCCUUUGCUGCUUUGAUCGGUCAGUCAUUAGAACACUGUUGAUUCACCUUUAUCCCCUGCUACCUUGACGUCGCUCCAAAACAUCAUUACCCACCCCGUCAGUCUAGCUUACCGCCCACUCUACAUCUCAUCAACACAUAUCCGUAUUAAACAAUGUCUUCCAACAUCCGUCUCGAUGGCAAGGUUGCCCUGAUCACUGGUGCUGGCCGUGGUCUUGGUGCCGGCCUGGCCAAGAUCCUCGCCGAGCGCGGUGCCACCGUCAUCAUCAACUACGCCAGCUCGGCCAAGCCCGCGCUCGCCACGGUCGCUGAGAUCGAAAAGGCCGGCGGCAAGGCCACUGCCAUCCAGGCCAACGUUGCCAAGACCCCCGAAGUCACCAAGCUGUUCGAGGAAGCCAUCAAGGCCUACGGCAAGCUCGACAUCGUCAUCAACAACGCCGGCAUGGAGCACUUUGGAAAGACACAGGACGUCACCGAGGAGGAGUUCGACCAAGUCUUUGGCCUCAACACUCGUGCCCAAUUCUUCGUCGGCGCUCACGCUCUGAAGUACCUGAGCGACGGCGGCCGUAUCAUCUUCAUGUCUUCCAUCGCCGCCAGCUUGAGCGUGCCCGCCCACGCCCUGUACUGCGCCUCCAAGUCUGCCGCUGAGGGUUUUGCCCGAUCAUUCGCUGCCGACGGUGGUCCCCGACGCAUCACCGCCAACGCCAUCGCUCCGGGCGGUAUCAAGACCGAGAUGUUCGCCGCGAACGCGUGGCAUUACUCUCCCGGAGCCACCAAGGAGACUCCCAUCGAGGAAAUUGAGGCUGGCAUCGCCAAGCUCAUCCCGCUCGGCCGAUGCGCUGUUCCAGAUGACAUUGCAAAGGUCGUCAUGUUCUUGUGCCAUGAUGACAGUGAAUGGGUCACUGGUCAAACUAUCCGUCUUACCGGUGGAAGCACCAUCGCCUAAAUGCACCGCAUUGCUGUGCUUUGCAACUUUCUGGCAAUUCGUGAAUCCUGGCAUCCUGUUUGGGGGAGCGCAAAAGUUCCGUCUGAAGACUUUUGGGUAUUAGCGAAAGUUUUGGUGUCCUAUCUUUUUUCUACGAGAAGACUAGGGGUAGAUAUCUAUAUGGACUAUAGGCCAGGACAUAGAAUGCAUCAGAAAACAUGACCGGGUGAACAGAUUGCGUUAUGCCCAUUGAACGUGACUACUGUGAUCCCAGGUAUACUUGAAAGCCCAUGAAGCAUUUU